CGCCUGUUGUGAGCGUCGGCGACUUCAAACCAAGUGAAGCAAGACAAAUAACGGGGGCUGACUUGCGUUCAACCCAACUCUCUUUCCUCUACAAGAUGUUGCUCCCCAAGGGUGGUGUAACGUGGAAGUCGGCUAAAGCCAGGCUGCCUCCAUGGCGGGCUGUCUUGUUCAUGGUGACACGGACUAGAUUCCUAGUAUCGCUGGCCGUGACUGGCUUGAUGGUCCUUUUAUGGCGUGGAAUUAGCAAGUCAGCUUCAGAGAUGCAGAGCUUCUAUUGCUAUGGUCCUCCGAAGUCGCCAAUGGAUAUGUCCAUCAACGAAAUGGUUGAAUGGAAUGCACACCUUCAGACUCCUGUGGUCUUCAAUCACCAUGACGCCUAUCAAGUCAACUCGUCCAACAUCAAGCAUGUCGAUCUCAACCCCAUCAAGUCAACCCAGCAGGCCGUCGCGAAUGCCGAGCGAGUACUCAUUCUGACCCCGUUAAGAGACGCCUCCGCUCAUCUGAUUAAUUACUUCGACCUUCUCUACAAGUUGACAUACCCUCACGACCUCAUCGAUCUGGCCUUCCUCGUUGGCGAUAGCAAGGAUGACACUAUGGCUGUUCUUACCGCCGAGCUGGCUCGUAUCCAGUCACAGACGGAUGAGAAGAUUGCGUUCCGCAGUGCUACAAUUGUGGAGAAGGAUUUCCAUAGCGAUUUCCAGAUGAAUGUCGAGGAUAGGCAUUCAUUUGCGGCCCAGGGACCUCGUCGCAAAGCCAUCGGCAGAGCUCGCAACUACUUGCUCUAUUCUGCUCUCAAGCCCGAUCACGCCUGGGUCUAUUGGCGAGACGUUGACAUUUCUGACAGCCCUCCCAGCAUUAUCGAGGACUUUGUUGCUCACGACAGGGACAUUCUCGUGCCAAACAUCUGGUUCCACCGCUACAGGGAUGGCCGCGAUAUUGAGGGUCGCUUUGACUAUAACUCGUGGAUCGAAUCCGACAAGGGACGCAGACUACGCGAGACCCUCGAUCCGGAUACUGUCUUGGCUGAGGGUUAUAAGGAGUACGACACUGGCCGCAAGUACCUCGUUAGUAUGGGCGACUGGAGAAACAACAAGGAUGAGGAAGUCGAGCUGGACGGCAUUGGCGGAGUUAACAUUCUCGUCAAGGCUGACGUUCAUCGGUCCGGUAUUAAUUUUCCUGCUUACGCCUUUGAGAACCAGGCCGAGACCGAGGGAUUUGCCCGCAUGGCUAAACGUGCUGGGUACGGCGUCUGGGGGUUGCCAAACUACGUCGUCUGGCAUAUUGAUACUGAAGAAAAGGGUGGCAACCUCGGGGGCCGCAAAGCGUAUUAGCUGCGUUCCGGGUUGAUCCUAUUUCUAUGCAGUCUGAAUGAAGCGACCAUCUUCAUUCCUUGUUACCAAAACUCGAAUACCCCC